AAAGAAGAUGUAGAUCUAGUUACACAUAUGACGUUUUAAGUGUAGUGGCUGAGUUAAAAAUUCAGACCGAUUCGGCACAAAACAAACGGCUCCAGUAGAUGUGCGAAGAACAGUUCUUUACUGACUCACUUGCCUAUCAGUUUAAAUUAAGUUUGUAGUCUGAAUGUUGUUGUUUUAUCUGUAAAACACGAAGUAUGCUAAAUGCGAAAGCUGUAAAACUUUUCAUUUAUACAAGACUUCGAUAAAAUAUGGAAUAGUAUUACGAGACACCUGCACGACCAUAGUGGGGCUAAAAAGAGGACCAAGCAGUGGAGUAGAUAGGAAUUUGCCAUUAUUUGGGGGGCCCGGGUGAGGGCUUGGCUUAUUAGGUGACCCCUGCAUUUUGCGUAAUAUUUAAUGUAAAAAAAACCCCACUCAUUUGGGGGACCCCUCAAGUGGGGGCUCGGGGGAUUUUCAAAUUUUCCCCCUCCCUAGCUACGCCUCUGGGACCAAGCAAAAAAAAAGUCAAAGUAAAUUUAAAAAAUAGACAUACAAUGUAUGUAAUGAAAUAUGUUUGUAAAUCAAAGACCGCAAAACGAAUAUAUUUUGUAUACGGUACGAAAUAUGUAUAAGAACUUUAAUUUUGUUGGCUAGCAUUGGUUAAUAACUUUCAGCUUUGUUAGCCAGUAUCGAACCUUUUGGAUAUUACAUAAAGUCGAAAUGAAAGUUUGCAAAGUCAAUCCUUCGAACAGACAUGAAUAAAGCUUUGUGCAUUUUUUUUCAUUGAAGGUUCCAUACGUAAUGAGAAAAAUGACUCUAACUAGUGUUAUGGAGUGUGUGUGUGUGUUUCUAUGGUGAAGGUAAGAAGUUAGCGAUUGAUUGGUGGCUAUGCAGUGUGAAUGAUGCAAUAUAAUCGGCACUGUCGUAAGCUGUCUUGGGUACGCCAGACGACUCCAUGAUGCCAGAGUGUAAAGACGUGUUUUUAUUGAGUUAUAUUUGUUUAAUGUAGUGGAGCACUGUGGAGUGGAUACUUUUUCAGACCACCCCGGCCACCCCGAUAUCCACGUGACCCUUUCCCUAUAUGGCGUCUUGUGUCCGCGCGUAAAAAGGCAGAACAACGUGGGCACUGUCCAUUCUACCGGCAUCUCUUGUCACUGUAAUGUCUGUACGUUACUGGACCUACUUCGUUUUCACUCCCUGUUUGUGCCUGGUUCUACACCUUGUGUUUACGUAUGGCUGCAGUGACAUUUCUAGUUUGUUCUACUGUGUUGCUUUUCUCAAGAGGAAAUCCUUAUGCUGAAUCAACGGAAAAACUUCUAAGGAAUCAAUGUUUUGGUGAAGAUUGUAUCGAAGAUGUAAAGAUUGCAGACUCCAAAUGGUUGGUUAAUGAUAAAAAUGAUGAGACCAGAGAAGGAAAGGUAGAUGACACACAUAUACAAGAAGGCCAAGAGUCAGUCGAUAAGCAUUAUGUCAGCACCGAUGAUAUUAAUGACAUACAACUUGUAAAUGUUGACAACAGCCCUAAAUCUGAUGUGGCUAGAGAACUUGACCCUGUUGAUUCUAGAGAGCACAUAGAACCUGUUGACUAUGUUGUGAAUCAAGAAGCAAAUGAAAUAGACACCUCAGAAAUGAAUGAAGUACCAAUAUUAGAGGCGAUCUCUGACCAGGAUGAAGUUGAGGAUGAUGAUGAGCAAGACUCUGAACAAAUUCCACAGAGACGUAGAUACUUUCCUUUGCUGUACACAUUCAAGACCCUCUUGAACUCAUUUCUAUCUGACUUUGGAGAGGAUUCUAGUAAUCAAGAUGGAUCUUAUAAUACAUCCGAUACUACAAAUGGAAGCCUAAGUGUUAGUGAAGAUCUUAUCAAAGAUUCCAAUAUGACUGUUAAUGGAACAGAUGGUGGCAAGAAAACAAGAUUUCAGUGUACUCUCAAAAAUACAACUGCUAAUACUCAGGGAAAGGUUAAAAUUGUAAACAGUACAGAACUGCUAGAGAUACUGAACUUCAGCAAGAACCAGAAGGUGUCUACCUGUGUACUCGUUAUGUUCUAUGCACCAUGGUGUCAUUUCUGUGCUCGUACUGCUCCUCAUUAUAAUGCUUUAGCCAGAGCCUUUCCACAGCUAGAUGUCUUGGCAGUGGAUACAUCUCAUUUUAGUUAUUUAAAUGCAAGAUUUGGAACUGUUGCUGUACCCAAUGUGAUGCUGUUCCACCUAAGAUCAGCGGUGAGGUUUAAUCAUACUAUUCGAGUUCUUGAGAACUUCAGUCAGUUUGUCACAAACAAUACUGGUCUGCUCCCUGAUAAGCAUGUCAAGCUGGAGCCUACAGACUUUGUUGGUCCAUUGCCAAGUGUAGUUGUCCGUGGUAGAGACUGGCUCUUGUGGCUGUCCUGGACAUUUGUCAUUAUGUGCUCUACCUACAGCUUUGUCAGGAGUCAUUAUGGACAGAACUGUAUUACGCGGCUCAGAAUUUUAUGGCAGGAGCAUCAGCACAUUGAAUAAGGACAAUAUCAAGAAUGACCAACAUGUGAUAGUUUUAAAGUAAUGUGAAUGAACUAAGGACUUUUACUUAAAUGUGAAUAAAAUCCGGGAGGCAAAGAAACAUGUAUACAAAUGAAAGUAACCUUUGCAUAUAGGUUAAAAUAUCUAAGUAAAGUCAAAAGAUUUGGAAUUAAGAUGUUGAGCUGACCCUGGGUCUGAGAUUUAUUUUCAGAUUAGGGUACUACUUUAUGCCUAGUUACAAAACCAGGUAUGUAGAUUUGAAGCAAUGAUUGUUUCAUUUCCUCCUUAGUAAUUAGUAUGACAAGUUACAAUUGUAUGUUCAUUCUACUAGCCACGUCAAGUGUUUUGAUCCUAUCACUAUUGUUCUAAACAAUUGAAACUCUCAUGAGACUGAAUUAGUCCAUCCAUCCUGCUAGCAAGAACCUUUGGCUAGUUGGGCUUUUUUUCUCCCCUGUGAAUGUUGGUAAAAAUAUAAAAUACUAGGACAGUUUGAGAGAUGUAAGCAUUGAAUGCAACUGGUUGAACCACUUAGGCUACACACAUUUCCAUGGAACAGAGUUGUUAUUUUUUACUUUGAGACUUAUGAUUUGUGUUCAUAGCAUUUAUUUUCAGUGCAUUUGCCACUCUAGUUUAGUUUAGUGUGCUAAGUGUUUGAAAAAUCAUUGCAUCAUUAAUUGAAAAUCAUUAAAAUUUGGUUAAUUCAUUUCAUUUUUCAGCCUAGUCUUUUAAUUGUUAUUUCUUACAAUAAUGCAUUUCAUGAGAUGUAAAACUGCCUCUUAGAGAUUAAGGGUAAAAUAUUUGGACAGUAGUAGGAUUUUUUUUACAGGAUGAGUGUUUUUGGUGAUCAACUGCUCAAGUAAAUGUUUUGUAGUUUUCCCCAAUAUUUGCUUAUAUUCCUUAAAAAAAAAUUAUGACCCAUGCUUAGACAUGAAAAUAAUUUUUUAGGUAGAGAUAAAUUGCAGAAAUCAUUGGCUAAUUUAGGCACUGUUUUGCACAUUAAAAUAGAGUCAACAAAUACUCUCCAACCCCCUUUUUUUUUUCCCAACUUAAAAAGUUAUUCAUCUGUCCACCAAAUAGGAUUUCUAAAGGGAUGUGUAACUAAGGUUCAGAACUACUCUCUUAUUAUUAUAUAGGCUUGACACUAGCCUUGCCAAUUAAUACUUCAUAUAUGGCUUUAAAGGCUUGCUAAGUUUAAUUGUGUGAAUUUUUGUUUCCAAUGUCCUAGCAAUAAAUGUACACUAAGUAUUUGUUGACUGAAGAUUAGCAAAGCUCUUAGUGAACACUCUGAAUGAUCUGAGGAAGCACAAUGAUGUCUGUGCAGGCCACAUUAUAUAUAUGUAAUAUAUGCAUAUUUAACUGUUCAUUGUCUUUUUUUUAGUGAGAACUAAAUAAGAUACACUAUGGUUUUGACCCAAAUUGUCAUAUGAAUAUUUAUUUAUAAUUUAAUUUUAAUUUCUUUUUUCCCUUUAAAAGUGUAUGAAUAAGAUUCGAAUGUUUGUUGACUUGUAUCUGUGUGUAGCGGUUUUUCAUUGAUAUUUGGAUGUAAAAUUGAUUUAAAAAUCCUCAGCUUCAAACUAUUUGAUCACCUGGCCCAUGUUUCAUUUUUAUCUUGGUUUUACACACCUGGUGUUUUAUUUUUUUUUUUUAAUGCUUAUUUUGUCUGUUGAACAUUCCCUUGUGGAUUCAGAUUUUCAAAUUUUGUUUGGUUCAGAUGAUAGAAUUAUUUAAGCUAAGGCUAGAUUUUUUUUUAGAUUUUAAUUACUAAAUAGAUGGUAUAAAUUGAAGUCGAGUACAUAUGUAUUUUCUAUCUGGCAUUUUAUGUUUUAGUUGAUUAUCUUUUCCUUUUGCAACUUCUUGUGUGACUAAAGAGGACGAUCCUUGAUAUCUGAGUUCUAGGUCAGGUAUUUGUGAUCACCAGUCACUUCAGCGUUGUCAGCCUUUUUGGUGUGUACGCCACUAUCCAGGAUGCCUUCCUUUAUGUUUGCUCUUCAUUUUAGCGAAUGUAAAUUUGUAAUUAAAAGUUUGAAGCAAAUGUUUUGAUUAGAGACUUCAUUUAUACAUGUCUACACAUCAAAUAAUCCAUGUAGUGUUAUUAAGUUGACUGUCAUUUGAUCUAAUGAAUUUGUUUAUUUUUAAUAUUCUGGAGAAAAAUAAAGAGAAUACAAAAGUU